AUGGUACCAGUCAGUGGACAAGACAGAAACAUUCUACAUGAGUCUGGUCAGUUUGAUCAUUUAGAAUCAAAGAAGCCUGUACCAACACAGAGACAAACUUCCGUUCAGAGGGUUGUUCCUCAACCUUCUCCUACAGCUACAAAGCCUUACUCUCAAUCAUCACCGCCUGAACCACCUCCCUCUAAAGCAAAGCCAAGCAUACUCUCAAGGCGUUCCCCUCCAUCUCCACCAGUAAAACCAAGCACUGGCAGGCGUGCCAAGGCUUUAUUUGAUUGUGAGGCUGAAGAUGAGUUGGAGCUCUCUUUUCGUGAAGAUGAAAUAUUUAUUAAUGUUGUGGAGUCUGAGGAGCCAGAUUGGUUGCAAGCUACUAAUUCAUCAGGGAAGAGAGGUCUUGUGCCUGCCAACUAUAUUGAGUGGUUGACUUAAUGCUUUAUUUUGACGGUUUAUAUUGUUAUUAAUGUUAUAGUUCAUGCUAGUAAAAUUCAUUAGUUUCACAACUUUUUUGUACUCAAUCUAGUCAGAA